AUGGCCUCUCUUCCUCUCCCUCCCCCCACUCCAACCCCCCUCUCCUCCCCAAUCCACACCACCAAAACCCUAAAAAUCCCCACUCAAUUCCCCCAAAUCAAGCUCGGAAUCCUCCGAAUUUUCCCCAAAUCCUAUCUCAAUCGCAUCUCCUCCCUCUCCAAGGAAGGGCUACUGCAGCACGCUUUUGAUCUUCUUUAUCAAAUGGAGUGCGAUAAUCUCCCCAUCGGCCCCGAAAUCUACGGUGAGAUCCUGCAGGGGUGCCUUUACCGGCGCCUUUUAUCGCAAGGUGAGCAAAUCCAUGCUCGGAUCGUCAAAAACGGCGCAUUUUUCUAUAAGAAUGAGUAUAUAGAGACCAAAUUACUGAUCUUUUACGCGAAGUGUGAUUGCUUGGAUGUCGCGGAGGGUUUGUUCCUUCGACAGUGUAAACCCAAUGUUUACUCGUGGGCGGCGAUGAUCGGAUUGCGUAGUAGGCUCGGUGUUCAUAGUAAAGCUCUUAGAGGCUUCUGUGAUAUGUUGGAGGCCGGAGAAUUUCCGGAUAAUUUCGUUAUCCCUAAUGCUUUGAAGGCGAGCUCGGCUCUUCGGUGGGUGUUCAUCGGGAAAGGGAUUCAUGGGUAUGCGUGGAAGAUGGGUUUUGCGAGUUGUGUCUACGUUUUGAGUAGCCUCGUGGAUUUCUAUGGAAAGUGCGGUGCUUCAGCGGACGCGAGGAAUGUGUUCGAGGAAAUGCCCGAGAGAAAUGUAGUAAGCUGGAAUUCAAUGCUCGUCGCUUAUGUUCACAAUGGCCUAGAUGAGGAGGCAUUGGAAUUGUUCUAUGACAUGAGGAUCGAAGGGGUCGAACCGACUCGUGUUAGUGUUGCUAGCAUUCUUACUGCGUCGGCGAAUCUAGAAGCUUUCGAUGAAGGUAUACAAGGCCAUGCUAUUGCUAUACUACGCGGUUUAGAGCUUGAUAACAUCUUAGGAAGCUCUAUCAUCAAUUUCUAUUGUAAAGUAGGAUUAAUUGGCGAGGCAGAGAUCAUUUUUGAUCAUAUGGUGGACAGAGAUGCUGUGACUUGGAACUUGUUGGUAUCGGGUUAUCUCCAAGACGGGCAGAUCGAAAAAGCACUGAAUACUUGUCGACAGAUGAGAAAGCAAAAACUUAAGUUCGAUUCCGUGACUUUGUCAUCGAUUACUAUGGCUUCAGCUUAUUCUCGCAAACUUGAACUUGGCAAAGCCGCGCAUGGUUAUUCGAUAAGAAAUGGGCUCGAAUCAGACCAAACGGUCACUUGUAGCAUCAUUGACUUGUAUGCAAGUUGUGGGAGGAUAGGGCAUGCGAGAAAAGCGUUUGAUACUGCGAGUUCUAGAGAUUUGGUUUUGUGGAACACAAUGAUUUCUGGUUAUGCACAUUAUGGUAUGAGUGGUGAGGCCUUGAAACUGUUCUACGAGAUGCAACUCGAAGGUUUACCCCCUAAUGUGGUAUCAUGGAAUUCGAUAAUUCUAGGGUUUCUACGAAAUGGACAAGUAACUGAGGCCAAAGAUAUGUUCUCGCAAAUGCAACUCACCAAGGUGAAUCCAAAUCUAACCACAUGGAGUACACUAAUCAGUGGUCUCACACAAAACGGGUGUGCACACGAAACGAUUAACCACUAUGGGCGAAUGGAAGAAGUGGGCCUAAGACUCUGCCCUGCGAUCAUCGUAGCAGUUCUUUUGGCCUGUAAUAGUUUGGUAUCGCUACAUUAUGGAAGGGUUAUACACGGUCAGAUCACCAAACUUGGGCUAUUGGCGUCUAUUUCUGUUGCAACAUCUCUUAUAGACAUGUAUUCUAAAUGUGGGCAAAUGAAUACAGCAGAGAGUGUGAUCAGAUUGGUUUCGAAAAGCAACGACUUUUGUACAGUAAAAUGACGUCUGGGCGCGCAACGUAAUGCCUGCAUUUUAUCGGACUCCCUGAUUAUAUGUAUGAAGAGGAGAACAGAACAGAAGGAAAACAGAGAGCAGAAGAUGAUCAGAGCUCCAUGAAAAGUCCAUGAUUCCGAACACAGAAUUCGGAAAUCUUGGAACCAAAAUGCCGAGAGCAAACAAAGAGCAAUAACCAAACAAUUGCAGAAUAAUAGGAUUCUGCCUAUAAAAAAUCUAAUGUACUACAAAUCCGACGUUCGACUGAUGCAGAUUCCUUAACCAGUUAACCACCACUACCGAACUGUUAAAGAGUAAAACACUUCAUUUACUUUGACAACAACCUUGUACCGUAACUCCGUAAGUCUAGUUUGUUGCAUAUUCCGUAUGAAAAAUAUCCGUUCUCUAUCAGAUUAAGGUUAUAGAAAUAAACGUUGUUCAACACAGUUAGGCAUCAGUUAAAAAGCUUAACUGUAGGGUUUUUAUA